AUGGCUGAAAUGUUCACCAAAUUGGAGGUACGUUGAAUCGCACAGCGAGCACAAUGAUAACCGAAAGCUAAGAGAAGACAGGCAGAAUACUGUACGUGAGAUCUACAGUUCCAGAAUGGACCAUGUCUAAUCGCGUCUAUAUAGGUCCACCUCUUGAUCCCGCUCUGCUAUCCGCAAUUCUGUCCGACUUCGAUUUGUCUUCGACCCACGAUGUAGAGCAAGCGAGGGCUACGUUAGACCCGCUGAAAGAGAGUGCGUUUCUAGAGGAAGCGGCUGGGUUCGAUGCUGCAGGGACAGGGGCACAAGAUGAAAGUUUGGGACAUGGAUCGAAAGCCGAGUCUUGUCCUGGUACGAGCGUAUCACUCUCACGGGAGACAGACUUGACAAGCCUGUCGAACGGCCUGUCUUCUCUGGAAUUGGAUCAAGACCUGGACGACGGGAGCCAUACGCCGGGGACCAUCAGUACCGCCGAGGACAUUGAGACGCUGGAUGAAGAUACAAAGAUACAGAUGUUACUGGACGUGACCCAUGGGCGAGUCACGCGAUACAGUGCCAAGCACACAUUGCGCAAAUGCAAUGGCAAGUGGCACGCUGCUCUAGAUGAGCUCCUCAACCACGUGUUCUUUGAUGAAGCCGGCCAAGGCAAUGAAGAGCAUAAGGUCUCUGCUAAGGGCAUUGAUGCUUUCUCCGAAGAGAACGUUGCGAAGAGAGGCCGAAAACGCAAGCAUAAGGUCCAAAAUGCCCGAAAGAUGGACGACAGACGUUCAAGCUCCUUGCCGAUCUCCCCGAUAGAUUCUACAGUCCCUGUGACGAACAAGUGGCAGACAGCCGGUGAAGACAUCGACUUUAUAGCGAGUCGUACCGGAAUGGCCACUUCAUCAGUCGCGUCCAUCUACUAUUCCAACGGAACUUCUCUUUCCAGAACGAUCAGUGACAUACUAAAGACAAGCGUGCAAAAUGACACUCCUUCCGAUGACCCUAUCAUCGCUGUGAAUGCUCACGACCUGGGACUAGAAUUCCCGACCAUUAUUCCCGCUUUCGCGGCUGCCUUGGUCGGGCUGACACAUCCAUCCACGGCUGCUGCGCGCGAACUCGCAAAAGCGUUGACAACGAGACCGCAGGUGAAGGGAGGCGUUCAGAUUGUUCCGCAAUAUCGGCCACCACAAGAGGAGGACACCGAGAUCGCGUCCCAAAUCGUUGGCAAGAAGUCGAAGCAGUCAAAUGCUUCGAAUCUCUCGAGCGAACUCAGCGACCUAAACGGCCAGGCAAAUGCCUAUGCAGCUGCUCGUAGGACGGCACUGUCGCAGGCAUAUGCCGCUCAUCGCAAGGCCAAAUCCGACCGACUGAUGGCAGGCGCGGCUGCCUAUUAUGGACAAGUCAGUCGCGACAAUGCAGCACUGUACUCUCGAUCCUCUGCAGCAGCCGCUGAUCAACUCGCCCAGAGUCAGUCUGGCGCUGGAGAGCUGGAUCUCCAUGGGAUCGAUGUCUUGAACGCUGUUAGGAUCGCGCAAGGGAAAGUCGAAGAAUGGUGGCAAGGUUUGGGCGAGCAGCGUGCGAAUGGCCGUCUGGGUGCUGCAGAACGGCAAGCUGGGUACAGGAUCGUCGUUGGCAGGGGCACUCAUAGUGAGGAUGGCAAAAGCAAACUGGGUCCUGCUGUUACCAAGAUGCUGAAGAGCGAUGGGUGGAGAUUCGAGCCCGCUGGAGCAGUGAUCGUUGUCAAAGGUCGAGCACGUACAGGAGCGCAUACCUGA